AUGUCAAAUGACAAUACAAUUCAUCAAAAUUUAUCAUUCAUUUUAGACAUUAUUGUAAAUCAUCGAUUAUUUGAUGAAUAUACUGAAUCCGAUGAAUCAGGCGUUAUAUAUAGAAAAUGGACAAGUCGUUUAAAUACACUCUUACAAUCAAAAAUUGUAACUGCACAAUGGUGUGGCAUUACUCUUGUUAAAGUGACAUGUCAAAACUCACAUGAAUUACUUUUAGCUAAUGCUAAAAGUUGGAUUGCACAACUUUUAGGUUUUGUGGGUAAAUCAGUACCAACACCUAUCUAUCAAGAGUCAAUCGAAACACUUUCGUUUUUAUUUUCAUAUACUGUAGAUAAGCCAGAAUUACAAAGAGAAGUUGCUACACCCAAUCUUCAAAGAUAUAACCAAUUACUACUUCAAUUAGGUCGCAAACAGGAUUUAUUGCCAACUGUAUUAUCAGCAUUAACUACCAAUGUAAAAUGUUUUCCUUCAACAGCACGACAUAUUUCAGAGCAAUGCCUUCAGCUUUGUCUAUCCUGCUUAGAUGGCUCUAGAGAUUUAGAUUUAAAGACAAUCAAAGAAGCUAAUAAGUUAUUGGUUUCGUUAUAUCAUGCUGGAGGCAAAUCAGUUAUGGCAGAUCAAUGGAAAGAAAGCUUAUUAAAAUUAAUUGGCUCAAUUCAUGAUUGCUUAAAUAGACUAUUUGAUACAGUAGAUGAAGAAAGCCAAGAAUUUGAAUUACAAAAAUCCUAUCCUUUCCUCCCAGUAUCAUCUGAUUAUGCAGAAGCCUUUCCUAUUUUACUUAAAAGAAUUCAACUUUUACAAGAUUGUAUAUCUACCUUUUUAACAACCUCUACAUCUAUUGCCGUAGGUGUGCCCAUAGUACAUUUAAUCGAUCUUAUUUGCCGUAUCUAUAAUGUUUUUGAAGGAUCAUUGAUGCGUGAAUUUAAAGACAAAGACGAAUUCUUUACAUUAGUAAUGUGUCUGCCCACUUUACAUUUAAGUACAAGUAAAAUGUUCAGUAGUUUAUUGUAUUGUUCUGGAAAAGAAAUGAUGGGCUAUAGUAAACUUCUUUCAAGAAUUUUACUCCGUCUUUUAAACGAGCAUAAGAACAAGAGAACAUUAAAGAUAUCUGUAUACAACUUAAUCUCGUUAUGUUUAGAGAAAUGUGGAUAUGUGUUUGCUGAAAUUAUUCAUAAACCAUUGAUAUCCUCUGUCUUGAAAGAUCUUCAAAUAAUCGAACAUAAAUCAGCUAAUAUUGUAGCCUCAACACAGCAGCAAAAAAAAUCACAUAAAAAGAGAAAGACAGAAAUCACAAAUUCUGACUCCUUAACAAGUAAGCUUGUUUCUGCUGCAUCAACAGAUGUUCAAGUUGCAGGUCUUCAAGCAUUGGCUACAUUACUUGAUAUAUAUGGUUUUUCAAUGGAAAAUGGUCAAAGAGCAUCUGUUGAUGGCACAAUUUUAAGUCGAUUGAUUCAAGUAGUUCACCCCUCUGAUAUGUCAAAUGAAGAAAUUAUACUUGUUAAAGCUGAACUUUACCAAUGCCUAUUAUCAUCUUUGAUGCAUCCCAUUGAAACACAAGCAAGUAUUCUUCCUCAUGCAUGCCGUCUUUUCUCAGCUGGUGUAAAUGAGCAAUCACAUCAAUUACAGCUUAUUUGUAAAAAGGGUCUUGCUAUUUGUGAUCUUAUUAUGCAUACUAGAUUACCUCCUAUUCAACGCACUAUGCCAAAUAGUUCGCCCGUUGUAGUUGUUACAACUGCUCAAGGAAUAAGCGAAGAAGAAAAAGAGAUUGAUGAAGAGGAAGAGGAAGAGGAUGAGAAAAAGAUAGAAAAUGAAGAAGAAAACAAGAUAAUAUUAGAGCCUGUUGUAGAAGACAAAAAUGAGAAAGUGAAAGAAGUGAAAGAGAUAAAGAAAGAUAUUAACUAUGAAAAAGUAAAGCCUAUAGAAAAUGUAAACAUCAAACCUAUUGUGUUACCUACUACUACUACUACUACUACUACUACUACUACUAAGGAUUCUGAUCUUGAGAAGCAAGCUCCUGUGAAUUUAUUAGAAAAAACAUCACUUGAAACUAAAUCUUCCACAAUAACAACAGUAGUUUCUCUAAACAAUGAUGUCACUCCUUCAAAUAAUUCAGAACUUGAAACGAAUAUUACUACAAGUAAUAAAGAUGUUAAUGCUAAUGUCACUAUUUCUAUUAGUGAUGAUGACAUGGAUUUAGACAUGGAAAUUCCUAUGAUUGAUAUGACUGGACCUGAUAGCGACAUUGAUGGUGAUGAUGAUGAUGAAUAA